AUGAUACUCUCAAGCAACGAGAAACGUGCGCUGCUAAGGCAGCAAUGCCGGGAAGCACUGGCAGCUCAUAUUCAAGAGCGAUUAGGCCUUACUGUCGCACCGGGUCGGGUCCGAUUACAGCCCUCCGCAGCAGACGGCUAUGCAUGGUCGGUGUCAAAGUCUCAAGAAUACUUGUUGAAAUCAAAUUUGAGUAAUGGGACGGUCGGCUUGUACCAGGCGAUCCGUGAUGCACUCGGGUGCUCGAUCGAAGCUGUUAGUCCCCAGAUGUUGCGGGAGUCUGAUGCAGGCUCCGAUAAAAAUAUGAGCGACGAGGUGAGCCACCAAUGUUUGCUGGGUUUCCCAAAUGCUGAAGACCCCAAGCGGCCAAGUUCAUUGAAGCUUUCUAAGCCAUUCGGAACGGCUUCCGAGAGUGAUUCUUUCACGGCCACUAUUCGACGACUGGAAGACGCAAACCAGGUACUUACUGCCGAACUUGAACGCGGCCAAAUAUAUUCAAAGGAAUUACUUGAGGAAAGGCGACAGUGGGAGGCAAAGUAUCGCGGAAUUUAUGAGGAAUUCGACAAUAGCAAGUCCUUGGUGAAACAGCUGCAGAAAGACCUGAAUUUUGCGCACAUGGGGAUUGCAAAAGCUAUGGAGACAUUAAAGAACUACCAGCUUCCAGAAAAUAAGGAAUCGUGCGCACAAGAGGAUGCUUCAAUUUUACCAUAG